AAUAUUUAAUAUUAAAUGAAGACCAGAGGACUCAAGUCCUAAAGUAAAGAUGAUUAAGGCAUCUUCACAGCGAGACAAGAGACCUCUUGCAAAUAUUUCUUAGAAAUAUUUUCAUGAGUGCGAAAAGGAUAAAUGGAAAAAGAGAAAAUAUUGUUUCGAAUUGUUUCUCACUUGCCCUCAAGUAUUUAGACAAAGACAAAAAUUUAUUUUUUAUAUUAUUCAAAAAAAAUAUUCUCCGUUUUAUAAUUAUAAUUUAACUAAUAAAUUGUCUAUUUUUUAUUUAUAUACUAUUAGUUUUUUGGCAUUGUCUCAUCUUUACUUCAAUAUGAAAAUUUAAUUUGAAGUAACAAAAACAUAAAACAUUCCUUUACUCUCCGUGUUUAACCUCCAAAGAAAUCACAACUUUAACAAUUGAUUAUAAGUAAACAAAGAUCUGUUUGACAAAAGUGCUAAAAAAGGAGUUGGAGGAAUGCCUCAAGGAGCAGGUGGAAGUGGUCCAGGUAUGCAAGAUCCACUUGGAGCAUUACAAACACUUGCACGUCAAGGUACUGGUAAUAAUCAAGUUAUGGGAAUGGCUGGAGUUGGUCCAAAUUCACAAGGAAUGGUACCACAACAAGCAAAUAAUGCUAGUAAUUUACUUCAAAGUUUAAAUAGACCAGGACCAGGUAUGAAUUUACAAAAUAUGCAAAAUAAAAUGCAAGGAAUUGGAAUGAUGAGUGGUCAAGGUGGUCAAGGUGGUGUUGGUGUUGGUGUUCCAAUGGGUCAUAUGUCACAAAUGCAAAAUAUGCAAGGUGGUGGUAUGAUUAAUCCAAUGAAUCAAAUGGUACAAGGCAAUAUGCCACAACAAUUAAAUCCAAUGUCACAAAUGGUAACUGGACAAAUGCAACAAAAUAUACCAAAUCAAAUGCAAGGACAAAUACAAACACAAUUAAAUAAUCAAACUGUACAAAUGAAUAAUAAUAAUAAUAACAAUAACAAUAAUAAUAAUAUGCAAAAUGUUGUUGGACAAAAUCAGUUGAAUCAAAUGGGACAAGUACAAAUAGUACCUGGACAAAUGCAACAACAAAUACAACAUAUGCAAAGAAAGCCAGUUGAAAUGAUGAAUGCUGGUUUUCCAGGACCACGUAAUGUAACACCAAAUCAAUUUUUACGUCAAAGUCCAUCACCAUUACAAGCACCAAGUCCAGCUGGUGGACCAACAAGUAAUCAAAUGGUAUUAUCACCAGCACUUGUACCAUCACCAAGUCCACAACAUUCAAUGAUGUCAGGACAACAAAGAUCAAUUGGUAUGGUACCAUCACCAAGUAGUUCAUUAAAUACACCAAGUGGUAUUGGUCCAGCAGCAAGUCCACAAGAAGAACAAGCAUAUUAUGAUAAAAUACGUCAAUUAUCAAAAUAUAUUGAACCAUUAAAAAAAUUUAUUUCUACAACUGGUCAUGAAGGUGAUUUAUCAAAAUUAAAUAAAAUGAAAAAAUUAUUAGAAAUAUUAUUAAGUCCAGCAAAAAUAGUACCAUUAGAUGUUAUUAUUAAAUGUGAACUUGUAUUAGAAAAACAAGUUGGUUCAAAAAUUGAUAGUGGUAUUAGUGGUGUUAGUAAAAAUACUGGUAAAGAACAUUAUUUUUUUACACCACUUAUUGAUGCUGUUAAUUCACAUUUACAAAGUCCAGUUGCAAAUCAUACAUUACAAAGAACAUUUGGUCCUUGUUUAGAGGCAUUAUUUGGACCUGAAAUUAAAGGACUACCACAACCAUUAAAAAAACACAAACCAGAAGAGACAUUAAGUGAAAUACCAGAUGUAUUACAAGGUGAAAUAGCAAGAUUAGAUCAAAGAUUUAAAGUUAGUCUUGAUCCAGCACAACAAAAUGGAUCAAAAUGUAUACAAUUAAUAUGUUGGCUUGAUGAUCGUCAUUUACCAUGUGUACCACCAGUAUCAGUAACAGUACCAUCUGAUUAUCCAUUAACACCACCACGUUGUAUUAUGGCACCACAUGAAUAUGCAACAACAUUUUUAUCUGCUGUACAAAAAGCACUUGAUGCUAGAAUAACUAAAUUACCAAAACGUUAUUCAUUAUCACAAUUACUUGAUACAUGGGAAAUGAGUGUACGUCAAGCAAGUGCACCAGUAUCAACACCAGCUCAAGUCUCACCAACAACUGUACUAAUGGGACUAUAAAUUAAAAUUUAUUUUUUAUUUUUUUUUUGUUUUUUUUAUUCAAUUAUUGAUAUUAUUAUUUUUUUAUUUUUAAAAUUAAAUAAAUUCUUUUAUAAAUUUUUCUUUUUUUUUUUUUUUCGAAGUAAAUAUGUUUUUUUUUUUUUGUGGGAAAACAAAAAGACAAUUAAUAAUAAAUAAAUUUAGCGUUUCAUUUUAUAUUUAAAAGUAUUUUUUGUAAUUUUAAAUUGUAUUUUUUUUUUUGGUGCUUGGUAAAUAUAUUUGAUUAAGUCUAUGAGUGAUGAGCGAGAGAGGGGAUCAUCAAUGAAAAUGAGAAGAAGAAGAAGAAGAAAGUGUAAAAAACCAUCACCCAUCAGUAGUUGGUAGUUGGUCCUGGCUGGUUCCUGAAUUUAUACAAACAAAUUUGCAGGAGAUUUGACAGCCCUGACAACAAAAAAAAAAAUUAUUAUU